GUCAGACUGCAGCCACUACUUCAGGCCAGGGAUGCUCUGCGCAGAGUAAGGAAGAGGCUUUCCGUGUCGCGGGUGGUAAUUACCGUGUGGAGGACGGAGAAGUUGCUGUUCACACACACAUACACACAUACAUACACACGCACGCACACACGCACGCACACACGCGCGUGCACACGCUGCCACAUCACGCUGCUGUUUGCAAGGUAGACGAGAUGUAUUUAGCACUUUUGGUGCUUUUUCUUGCUUUGACCAAAAGCUGGAGCGCCCCACAACGUUUCUGUGAACCUGGAGACGAGGCUUUAGGGAGAUGCAGCAACAACGAAAUGGAGGAAAAACCCACCUGCACAGAGCUGAAUCUAGGCUACUGUAAUGACAUGGAUUACUCCAGGACCAUGUACCCCAACAUCCUUGGCCACAGGAGUCGUGUAGAGGCAGAGUCAGGAGCAGAGUACCUGCUCCUGAGCGUCAUCCACAGCCUGCUGAAUGGCGAAUGCUCCCCCGACAUACGCCUGGUGGGCUGCUCCUUACUCGCCCCUCGCUGCCAAGAUGACAAGACGAUCAAGCCUUGUCGCAGCACUUGUGAGGCGCUGAGGAAGGACUGUGGCCAUGCCUUUGAGGCUAUUGACAUGGCCUGGCCCUACUUCCUGGAUUGUGACCGCUUCUUUGCAAGUGUUGAAGAGGGCUGUCAUGACCCACUUGCAGUGCUGAGAGCUAGACAGGAAGACGCCUUUUCCAGUUUUUCUCAAGAUGAGCCAAGCACCAUUAUCCAGUUCAUCUACACCUCCAGCAGCCAUAUGUACAGUCUGCUGAAGAGAACGGCAGCCAAAUGCUCUCACAUCUCCCAAGUGUACAGUAUCGGACGCAGCGUUGAAGGCCGAGACCUGCUCGUCAUUGAGUUUUCUGGCAACCCUGGACAGCAUGAGCUACUGGAGCCAGAGAUCAAGCUGGUGGGCAACAUGCAUGGCAAUGAGGUGCUGGGCCGCCAGCUUCUCAUCUACCUGGCCCAGUACCUGUGUUCAGAGUACAUGCUGGGAAACGAACGGAUCCAGACCCUCAUCAACACCACCCGCAUCCACAUCCUGGCCUCCAUGAACCCCGACGGCUACGAGUUAGCCGCCUCAGAGGUAGAGGAUAACAAUGACCCGGAGCUCAGCAACCAGGAAGGUCAUUUGUUGAAUGGUUGGACCAAUGGUCGGACCAAUGCUCAGAACAUAGACCUAAACCGCAACUUUCCAGACCUCACCUCCAUCGUGUACCGAAACCGCCGCAGCAGGCACUACCGCGCCGACCACAUCCCCAUCCCCGACUCCUACUGGUUUGGCAAGGUGGCGCCAGAGACCUACGCAGCGAUGAAGUGGAUCAGGUCGCUGCCCUUUGUUAUAUCUGCUAGCCUCCAUGGAGGGGAGCUGGUGAUCUCCUACCCCUUUGACUUCUCCAGACACCCACACGAAGAAAGGAUGUUCUCACCCACACCAGAUGAACAGGCUUUCAAGCAGCUGGCUCGUACAUAUGCAGACGCCCAUGCCACCAUGGCAAACAAUGAGACAGAGAGGUGUGGAGCCUCCUUUUACCGAACCAGAGGCAUUAUCAAUGGGGCGCUCUGGUACAGCUUUGCUGGCGGUAUGUCGGACUUUAACUACCUGCACACCAACUGUCUGGAGAUUACUGUGGAGCUGGGCUGUGACAAGUUUCCCUCGGAGCCCGAGCUUUACCCAGAAUGGAAAAGAAAUAAGGAGGCCCUGCUCAGUUUUAUGGAGUCUGUCCACAGAGGAAUAAAGGGAGUGGUGAAGGAUGAGGACGGUUAUGGGAUCAAAGGCGCCACCAUCUCUGUCAAGGGCAUCAGGAAAGACGUCACCACUGCUGAAGAUGGGGACUACUGGCGACUAGUGAACCCCGGUACUCACAUCCUGACAGCCACGGCCAAGGGCUACUCCAGGGUCAGCAAACGGGUUUACCUGCCACACAACAUGGACAAGGCCGGAAGGGUUGACUUUGUCUUGAAGAAGGUCCCCGUGGAGCCAGAUAUAGACGACCACCUCUUUCCGACGGUAGACACGUGGGAGCGUUUCGAUCCCUACAACCAGUUUGACCGAUACAGCCAGUCGGAGCCGAGCGAGGGUGGCGUGGAGCGUCAGGAAAAGCCCUGGUGGUGGAAUUACUUCUCCCAGUCGGGCAUCUCACCGCCCACCUGGCUGCUGCGGAACGUCUAGACAAAGAUCGUAGAAUAUUAAAAAACAAAAACAAAACCCGUGUGAUAUUCUGGAAUGAAAGCUUUAAUGAAAGAUGUGACAUCCAGUCUAACUGAGUAGCUGCUCGUGGCGUCAUCGAUUGUAUAUGAGUUUCUAUGACAUUGAAAUCAGGCUAAUGGUGUUACCAGGUAACUUACAGCCAGUAACCAGAGUCUACUAUUGCUUUGCAGUCAAACUUUGGUCUAUUAAAUAAAAGCUACUGGAGAAUUAAUGA